AUUCAGCAAGUUUUCAAAACAUGUGUCAAAAACUCAAGAUGUUUUUAAAACAUUUGUGGUCAUUCACAACUAUUUUUUAAAAACUUUAAUUGCACCAUAAACUUAGUGGAUUACGUUUAAUCACUUGGCAACUUUUGAUUUAUUAAUUAUCUUACUUUAAACUUCGAUUUUUUUUUACUGUUUACAUAUCCGUACAAAAUGUUGAAAAUCAAAAAGAGGAAAACAAAAGAAAUUAGCUAUAACGCUCGGAGGUCUGUUUACCUGCUUAACUUGCCUUUAAGCUAUCUACCUACAAACCAACUUCCAUCAAAUAGAAGUGUUCUUCGAUAUUACUUGUUCCUAACUUCAGCUAGAGAUAAGCGAUUCAAACCUAUUAAAAUAAACUUUUCAUGUUCUCGAGCAUGAGAGGAUGUUAUAUGUAAAGGGAAAGACGAGUUUUGUAAUUCAAAUACCGAAAAAUACUGUUUACUCCGACAAAUUGUAAAUAUUUGGAAGUCUGCUGGUUUCAGUAAUUACUUAAUUUCUGAGAGAAGUAUAGUGGAAAAGUUUAAAUCUCUAUACAGCAAAUACAAAACUUUGUGCAACAGUAAAACCUUUCAAAUCAAAAAGCAAAUUUCCGAACGCCACAAAAAUGACUUUUACAAUAUGGUAGAACAAUUGUUUGACAUCAGUGCGAAGGACUUUGAGAUGAAGUUGAGACGCCAUGAAUCAAUGCCUCGUGAUACUUCUGCUUUACAAGAGGAUUUGGCCUUCUUAGAUGAUCAAAGGUAUUUUUUGCUCAAAUUUUUUUGCGAAGAUUUAACCUAUUUUUCAAUUAUGAUAUAUCUACUAAUUUUUCCCUUAUAUAAAAAAAUCAUUUUUUUGAGAAAUUUUUUUUUUUAUUCAAAUUUAGCUUACGCUAAGUGUUUUAACAACUUUUUGCACAGAACUAACAUAUGAUCAUAUCUUCUAAAAUUGACACAGAGCUUGAAGCAAGGUUUCAGAGAAAGAUUGAUAGAUGCAAGAGGAAAGAAGAAUAUAAAGAUCGAGUACAGAAGAGCAACGAUUGGAUAAUUUGUUACAACAAAGAAAAAAUUGGGGAAAAAAAGGCAAUGGAAUCACAACUUUUUUCCUAACAAUGAUAUAAAUUUCAAUUUGGCAAGUGAGGAACCUACAGAACCUAAAAACUACAGAACCUAAAAAAACAAGAGCUGAAUCACAAUUAGAUGCUGGAAGUGUAAUUGCUAAGUCGGAAGAUUUUGUCCCAAAUAAAAAUGUUAAUUUUCACAAAGCAAGCUCAAAAAGUAGGCAUCAGUUUAGACCAUCAUAUUUCAGAGUAGAAAAGGAGAUAACCAGUGAAGGUCUCAUUGCAGCAACAACUUCCACCAGUAUAAGGGCUGGUCUCAGCAUUCGAGAUCAAACCUUUCUUAUUGCAAGCGUAGUAAACUAUUUAGGAGGAGAUGUUAAACAGCUAAAGUUAAGCAGAGAAUCUGUCAGAAGGCGACGUUACAGAUUUUUAGAAGAGGAAGGAGGCCAGAUACGUAAUGAAUAUAUUAAUUUAAUGGCUAACAAGAUGUUAGUUUUACAUUUUGAUGGUAAAAUUUUAAAGCAUAUUGAGGAGGACACUAGACAGGCAACUACUGCAGAUAGACUAUCAGUAUCUGUUACUAGCCCAAAGUUUGAAACCAAAGAUGAUCUUUUACUCGGUGUUGUGCCAACUGAUAGUGUAACUGGUAAGGGAAUCGAUAUGGCUAUAAGUAUUAUGAAUCUCCUAGAAUAUUUUGAAAUUUGUGACUAUAUUGUAGGAUUCUGUUCUGACACCACAGUAAGUAACACUGGAUGGAAAUCUGGUGCAAUAACUAUUAUGGCAAGAUUUCUUGGUAAACCAUUUCUUUGGUUAUUGUGUAGACACCAUAUUGCCGAAAUAAAUAUUACUUGGGCUUUAAAGGCAAUUUCAAUGGAAAAGUCUAAAGCCCCUGCGAAUAAGUUACUAAAAGAUUUUCAGCAGAAAUGGAUAACAGAAUUUUUUCCUAAAGUUUCAGCUAGUGGUGCUGUAGAAAAGUUCAAACGAUUUCCUGAGCAAGACCUUAUUGUUGGCAGUGAUCUCUGCAAACUCUAUUUGAAGUCUAAAAAGUUUGUUACUAAAGCACUAGAACAUGAAAUCUUCCCCAGGAAUGAUUACAGGCAUCUUGUUGAAUACUUGGCAUAUUACAUGAAUGUUAAGUCUGAGAAAUUAAAUAAUUUUCUCAUCUAUCAGCCUGGCGCCUGUCACAAUGCAAGGUUUAUGGCCUAUGCAAUAUAUUUUCUAAUGUUCAAUAUGACAUCCACAGUCGUUGAAUAUCUGACUCCUGAAAAAAAACAUAUGGUCUCAAGGGUAGCAUUUACUGUUGCUAUUUAUUAUGGACCUGCCUUUCUUAACUCAGGCAAAGCAGAGCAUGCUGUUCUGAAUGAUUUUAAUGCAUUCAAAAUUGCUGAAACAAUUAAGACAGAAUGGGAUUAUGAAGUUGGAAUCUCACUUCAAAAAAGCAUGAGUAACCACACAUGGUAUUUGUCUCCUAAAGUUGUCGUACUAUCGUUAGGUGAUCCUUAUAUGAAAGCGUUUAAUCAUUCAGAAACUUUUAAAAUUUCCAAUUCCUGAGUUAUCAGAGAUUUCUGUUACAGCUCCUUCUGCUGUUAACGUUAUCAGUGAUAGUCGAUUAGAGGAUUUAAUUACAAAGGAGAGUUGGCUAUUUUUUAUACUUACAGGUCACACCGAAUCUGUUCAAGAGUGGCAUACUUCAAGUGAUUUCUUAGCGCUAGAUUCAUACAAAAACUUUGCUCAGUUAGUUUGCAAUCUUAGUGUGACCAACGAUUGCGCAGAAAGAAAUAUUAGUUUAAUUGAAAACUUUGUUCACAGUUCCCACAAUGAGGAUCAGAGACAGAACAUUCUUUUGGUAGUCAGAGAGCACAGAAAGCUUAUAACAAAAGAUAUGUCGCUUAAGGAACUGGUAAAGCUAAAACCUAGAGUUGAAAAAUUAUUGUAAAAUAAUAGCUAACUGUAUGAAACUAUAAACAGUAUUUUUUUUCUUGUAAGAUCAAACAAAAGUUUAGAUAUAAACAUAUUUUAACCCGUAAAAAAUGACAUAAAGUUCAGCCAAUCCUCAAUAUUUAAAAAAUUACAUGUUGCACUUCCAACGAAUAAAAAUAAGUGAUAUUUUGUUUUUAGACUAACUGAAUGUUGUAGAACAGGAUAAGCAACUGCGAUUA